AUGAAGCACACAAACACAGCUUGCAACAGCAGCAGCAGCCCCACCAGCACAACAACCACAGGCAGCUCAAAUAUAAAUAAUAAAAGCUCAAGCUCUACAAUAAUAACAAGAAAUUGCCGUCAAUACAGCUCGGUGCAUACGCAACAGCCGGCUGGUCCCGUGCGUGAGAUUCAAAUUGAUCCGUACAUCAUACUCGAAGACGAUCUGAAGUAUUUCUACGAUGAUGUCAGAGACCUCCUGCGGCAAGGCACGAGUCAGACGGAACUCGAUAAGAUCGCCUCGUACUACUUCGACGGCCAGGGCAAAGCGCUGCGUCCAAUGGUUACCAUGCUGAUGGCCAGAGCGAUCAACUACCAUUUGAAUAAGGAAUCAAGCAAUUUACUGAACAAACAACGAUUCAUUGCGCUCUUCUCCGAAAUGGUCCACUCGGCAAGUCUGGUGCAUGACGAUGUCAUCGAUCAAUCGGAUAUUCGUCGCGGCAAGCCAAGCGUGAACGCGCUGUGGAAUCACAAAAAGGUUACAAUGGCUGGCGAUUAUGUACUUGCCAUAGCUUCGAUUAUGAUUGCCCGUCUGAAGAGCGAUGAUGUGACGAUUAUUCUAAGUCAUGAGUAA